AUGACCACAAACAACACCUUCACCGCCUUCAACGCCGGCACUGCCGAGCGCUUGAUGAUGUCUGCCGACUCGCUUGACUUUGCCCUCCAAGGCAACAACAAGAAGGCCACCACAGCCCGCCAGGAGUUGAUCGACUACAGCAGCCUCGAUAGUAUCUUCAGCACCUCCAACGAUCUCUCGGCCUCGCUCUUCGAUGACUGGCUCGCCAACGAUCUCCAGCAGGUUGGAUACCUGGGCAAUGAGGAUCCCGCGCUCUCCUCCGACUCGGACUCCAACAACAGCCCUCUCCUCUCCUCCAACGAGAGCGACUCACCUGUUGUUGGCUUCGACUCCAUCGCCUCGGAUGCCGAUUUCAUCCAGUCGUCCGGUUUGGAUGCCUCGAUGGCUCUCUUCCCCGAGGUCCAGUCCGCCCCCACUGCUGCUGCCUCGCUCAGCUCUCUCUUUGGCCUCACUGCCGCCGUCCCUGCCGCCCCUGCGACGGUCAUGAUGCCCUUGACUCCCGAGGCUGUUCAACAAGCCGCCGCUGCCUUGAACAUUCCCUGGAGCAAGUCUUUGGAGACCGCCGUCUUGGCUCAGUCGUUGUUGGCCUCGAUCCCUAUGGCCCUCCAGUUGCCCGCUGCUGCUGCUGCCAUCAAGCCAUCCGCUGCGCCCUUGAGCCCCGCUCCCCAGUCGCCUCCCGUCUUGUUGCCCAAGCAGACCGAGCGUGCCAUCUCGCCCGCCGCACCCUUGUCGCCUGCUCCCAUUGCUGAGCAGCGCGCCGCCCCUGCGUUGGCCCCCGCUACCCCCAGACCUUCGCUCUCGAUCUUGAGCAGCACACAGACUCCCGUUCCCGGCAAAUCUGUCACUUCUACGACCUACAAGAGCGCCUACCGGUCAGCCUCGCUCACCCGCAGCAGCUUGAAGCGCGAGCGCGAGUCUUCCGAGCCACCAUCGGUCUUGGAUGGCAGGGAUGUCUCCGAGAUGGACGAGACUGCCUUGAAGCGUGCCAAGAACACCGAUGCCGCCCGCCGUUCGCGCCACAAGAAGUUGGUCAAGAUGGAAGGGUUGGAGCAGCGUGUCGCCGAGUUGGAGGUUGAGAACUCGAUGUUCGAGACCAAGUUGAACGAGGUCGAGUUGGAGCGAUCUUUGUUGGCGGACAAGGAUCAGAUGCAACAGGCCCGCAUUCAAGAAUUGGAGCGCAUGCUCGCUACCGUUCGCGAGAAGAUGUACUAG